AUGAAUGAAUUUAGAACAAUCUAUACAGCAGCAUAUCCAGAGGAAGAUACAUAUAUAUACAAUUUAGCAUUUGAAGAUAAUCUACUUGUUUCUUCAGGAUCAGACGGAGCUCUUCGUUUAUGGGACUCAGAAACGUUAAAAAUGAGCUCUACAGCUCUCCAAGCGCACAAGGAGAUUUCAGACGUAAAAAUAUCAGAAAAACAUAUAAUUAUGAGCUGUGGAAAUGAUGGAGUAGUAAAACUUUGGGACAGUAGGACGUUAGGAGCAUGUGGAGAAUUCAAAACAGGGAAGAAAAUAGCUCUUCUUUCGGUCUCUGAAAACGCAGAUAAGACAAAGAUAUCAUCUGGAAGUGUAUUAUCUGGGCAGGAAGCAUAUAUUUUUUUAUGGGACAAACGUAAAUUAUCUCUUCUUUUCUCUUAUACUGAGUCACAAAAUGAUGAUGUUACUGAUGUACGAUUUCAUCCAGAGAAACAGCAUCUUUUAUGUAGUGGUAGUUGUGAUGGUCUUAUCAAUAUCUUUGAUACCAGAAUAUCUGAUGAAGAUGAAGCUGUAAUUCAAGUUCUGAAUCACCAGUCAUCAAUUCAUCGUGCGGAUUUUAUUGGAUCAAAUACUAUAUUUGGUUUAAGUCAUAUGGAAACAUUUAGCCUCUACGAUAUUCAAGACAUAGAAAAAGAUAUAGACAAUGAAAAUGCUAGUACGGCCUAUAAUUUUAUUUCUUUAGGAGAUAUCAGAUACAAACUCAAUUGCAACUAUGUAAUUGAUGUAAUUCCACAUAAUACAGACGAUGCAGCAUAUUUAUGUUGUGGUACUCAUAAUGAAAAAACAUCUCUUUGGCUAGUACAUUCUGAUGGUACUAUUGAUCAACAGGCACAUAUACGCUUAGAUAAUCAUAACGAUGCACUCACACGCUGUCUCGUUUUUGAUGAACAAAGACAGGUAAUUUAUACUGGUGGGGAAGAUGGUCAAAUACGUGGGCAUAGAGCAAUAGAUAAUGAAAACAAAACACCUCCUACUAAGAAAGUAAGUUCUAUAUUUUUGAAUAAAAAAUAUACCAACACUACUAUUCUUACAGAUCAAAAUAUAUUCUUGAUUCUAUAUCAAAGUAAUAAAUAA